CUGUAAAUAGGUCUCACCAACACCGCUUUCCGCCUCGUUCCAAGUAAACCCUGCCUUGGCAUACAGCUGUGUAGCCGUCCUUCAGACCUUGUUGUGCCACAGCACUCUCGCACCCAACACCGCAACGCACGGACGAGCGGUAUGGUCAGCAAAAAGGAGGUGGCUGCGGCUUUCAACGCUGCCGCGGAGGCGCUCGGCGUGGACGGGAACGAGCGGGGCGACUUGCUGUUCGUCUUGUCCAAACUAUCGGAGGAGCAGCUCGACUUCUUUCCGAUAGGUGCUGACAAUACGGCAAUCGUUGCGUUCGCGCGGUCUGCGAAAGCCUCGGCGACUGGCCUGGGCGUGGGGAGCGCGUCAGGAGCUGGCACGGCAGCCCACAUUUCCCACCGACCAGCUGCAAGCGCUGCCAACCAGGGCACGGUGCCUCUCCUGGGCACAGAUGAUGAUGGCAGCUGGUUUUGGGUGCUUUUCAAGCACUUUGCUGCAGUAGCAGAUCGUUACCCCAGCCCACAUCGGCGCCAGCACCAGGACUGAAAGACCGCUUCAGCGCAGUGGCCGUCGCAUUCAUCCUGGUCAUGUGCGCGGGUGUGGUGCUGGCGCUGGCGGCCAAGUAGGCCAACCACAACGACCCCGCGAACGUACUCAUCUCCACGUACGCAAACAUGGUCCUGAUGAUCUACAGCGUGGGCAACCUGCUGGUGACACCCCUGGCGAGGGCUCGGCUCCAUCCCAGCUCAACGCGGAGGGUGGUCUCGCAAGCUGGCGAGGGCUAUCGCCAGUCGCUGCAGAACUGGCAAUCUGAGUGGGUGGUUCGGUUUGCUGUCCCCCUCAUCUUCGUCCUGGUGGCUGGCGGGCCGGGCAUUAUGUUCUCGCUGGGCCCAAAACGCUGAGGUAGCAGAGCUGGAACUGUUCGUGGAGAUACUGCGCAUGCAAGAAGUGCAGAUGGCCCCUGUGGGGGCGUGGCGGUGGUGAAGCAUUGCUGUUGGGCCAUGCUCUUGAAUUUGACUAGUGGGUUCAUCGCUAGCAAUAGAAAGGCCACGUUCCAUGGGGUUUUUGCAGCAGGGAAGGGAUAGCUUGGUAGCCACGGUCUGGCGUCAUGAACCACAGCCGUCACCAAGACUAGAAGGUGUGUGUGGCAGCGUCAAGGUUCUGUGUUGAGUCGCCGUUAUCUACCGGCAAUGUUCGGCAAUGUUUUCAGAGGCGGGGCGAAGCGAUCCGGGGGGG